GCCGAACUUUUGAAACUAUUGCAUUGAUGUCCUAGAAGCUGGGCUUGUGGGAACCUAGAAUUGCCUGAGCAGAGAGUGUUGAAGUUGGUGCUUAUUUGCUGACUCCUUGAGCCCACCCGCAACACCGCAUUAUACGUCACCCCUCAUUAUGUCCCAGUCCCUGCGUCCGUAUCUACAAUGCGUCCGGUCAUCGUUGACUGCCGCGCUUGCCAUAUCCAACUUCGCGUCCCAAACGUCCGAGCGACAUAAUGUACCUGAGAUCGAGGCCGCGAGCUCCCCCGAACUUCUCCUUAACCCUCUGACAAUCUCACGAAACGAGAACGAGAAGGUCUUAAUCGAACCUAGUGUGAACAGCGUGCGUGUGAGCAUUCGGAUAAAACAGGCAGAUGAAAUUGAGCAUAUCCUUGUCCACAAGUUUGAACGUUUCUUGACCCAACGCGCGGAAUCUUUCUUUAUCUUGCGAAGAAAGCCUGUGAAGGGCUACGACAUAUCUUUCCUCAUUACGAACUUCCACACAGAAGCCAUGCUUAAGCACAAAUUGGUCGACUUCAUUCUCCAGUUCAUGGAGGAGGUGGAUAAAGAAAUCUCUGAAAUGAAGCUUUUCCUGAAUGCUCGCGCUCGAUUUGUCGCUGAGUCCUUCCUGACACCGUUCGAUUAGGCCAUCCCGAAAGCUGAUGCCCACAAGCCACCAACGUCCCAUUUCUCAGUUUCCUACACCAUUAGAUGUGUAGACUAUCUAGGAUGGCCUGCGCGGUUUCGCUGGCCGAAGAAUUGUCUCUGUAUAUGGUCAAGCUUGAUACUUCUUCAAA